UAGAUAACCAAAUCAUACAAGACCACGUCCACCAGUGAACUUGCCACCUCAAGAUCUAUAGAUCGCCAACGUCCUCUGUUUACAUCACCCCACACUUACCAUUUCAACCGCCAACAUGGCAGACGCAGCCCCAUCUGUACCAACCUUCAAGCUUGUGCUUGUCGGUGACGGUGGAACCGGAAAGACCACCUUCGUCAAGCGCCAUUUGACCGGCGAGUUCGAGAAGAAGUACAUCGCCACAUUAGGUGUAGAGGUCCAUCCUCUCGGCUUCACCACUAACUUGGGUCAAAUCCAAUUCGAUGUCUGGGAUACCGCUGGACAGGAGAAGUUUGGAGGUCUCCGUGACGGAUACUACAUCAACGGACAGUGUGGUAUCAUCAUGUUCGAUGUAACCUCCCGCAUCACAUACAAGAACGUGCCCAACUGGCAUCGUGACUUGAUCCGCGUUUGCGAGAACAUCCCCAUCGUUCUCUGCGGUAACAAGGUCGAUGUUAAGGAGCGCAAGGUCAAGGCCAAGACCAUCACUUUCCACCGCAAGAAGAACCUCCAGUACUACGAUAUCUCAGCCAAGUCCAACUAUAACUUCGAGAAGCCGUUCUUGUGGUUGGCCCGCAAGCUUGUUGGCAACGCCACUCUCGAAUUUGUCGCUGCCCCUGCUCUUGCCCCACCCGAGGCCCAGGUCGACGAGGCUCUCCUUGCCCAGUACAAGCAGGAGAUGCACGACGCUGCCCAGAUGCCGCUCCCAGACGAAGACGAUGCCGACCUAUAGAUAGCUUGCCCGAACAUGUCGCCGGUCGCCCAGCUGCAGCCCUAACGAAACGCAUCUGUUGUUCAUUCAGCAUAAUAUUAGAGGCCGUCCUUCAGCGAAUAUAAGCAUCUAUUUCCCUCCGGGUUUGGUCAGCUUGUUAGAUUCAGGGCUGAUCCGAUUUAUCACGAUUCUUCUUUUUCUUUGUUUACGUCUUGAAGUUAUCCGCGGGCAGAGAUGGACGCACGUCGAGGCGGUGAGGAAAUGAAUAUCCAACUACGACCAGGCAAAGCGUGAUGGAUCUCGGCCAUGGGAGGUUUUCGACAUUGCUGCAAAGCAGAUACUGUAGGUAGACCAAAAUAGC